AUGAGGUUCUCCAUUGCCAGCGCCGUCACCGUCCUUGCCUCUCUGGCUCUUGCCGCCGACUCACUCGAGUACAAGGGUGCCGCUGCAGGCCAAGUCAUCAAGGAGAAUGUCAAGCUGCGCAUUCUGCCCGUCGGCGACUCUGUUACCGUCGGCUUCCUGAGCACUGAUGGCAAUGGCUACAGGCAAAAACUCCAGGAAAACCUGGCUGCGAAUGACGUUGUCUUUGCCGGUACGGUCUUCUCUGGCGACAUGACUGACCCGUAUUAUGCUGCUUGGUCUGGAAAAACGAUCAAGUACAUCGCCGACAACGUCCCGCCAUCUCUGGAGCAGCGCCCGAAUGUCAUUCUCGUCCAUGCCGGCACUAAUGACAUGAACCCGAACCCUGACAUCUCCACCGAAGGGAACGAUCCCGCCGCAGCUGCUGCACGGCUCGGCGCUCUCAUCGACCAGAUGAUCACCGCUUGCCCGGACGCAACCAUCCUCGUCGCUCAAAUCAUCAACACCUGCGACGCCAACCAAAGGCCACAAACGGAAGAGUAUCAAAAGCUCAUCCCGGAGAUCGUCGAGGAGCGAAGGAAUGCCAGCCAUCACGUCUUGGCUGUUGAUUUUGCGGCUCUGGGUGAUGGCAUCUUGCGUGAUGACUGCAUCCAUCCCAGCGACGAGGGCUAUCGCACUAUGGGUGACUACUGGUAUGACUUCAUCACGCAAAUACCAAAGGACUGGAUCACUCAGCCGGUUGGAGAUGACCCUGAUAGGUCCAAGGACCAGGCCGCGAUCAAGAGCCUGUCGGCCAGCGGUGCUAGCUCGGUUUUGAAAGAGAACUGGGCCCUAUUUUUGAUAAUUCAAGUAGUACUCUUGGGGUGGACUUCACAUGAGAUGUCAACCAAGAUUGAGUCUGAGUUGGCGCUGAUCUAG